CCUCUUCCUCUACCGCUCCCUCUAUCUUCCUCUAUAUCCUUCCCCCCUCGAUCUCCACUCAACAUCAUGUCCGCAAAAGGAGGCAAUGGCAAGAAGCCCGCUUCUCCCGCCGUCAACCUCAUCGCCGGUGGUGGUGCCGGUAUGAUGGAGGCUCUCGUCUGCCACCCCCUCGACACUAUCAAGGUCCGCAUGCAACUGUCGCGCCGCGCCGCCGCCGGGAAGCCCCGCGGCUUCGUCACCACCGGUGUCGACAUCGUCAAGAAGGAGACCGCUCUCGGUCUGUACAAGGGUCUGGGUGCCGUCCUGGGUGGUAUCAUCCCGAAGAUGGCCAUCCGGUUCACCUCGUAUGAGUACUACAAGCAGCUCUUGGCCAACAAGGAGACUGGGGCUGUGACCAGCAAGGGUACUUUCCUUGCCGGUCUCGCCGCCGGUGUCACCGAGGCCGUCGCCAUCGUCAACCCCAUGGAAGUGGUCAAGAUCCGUCUGCAAGCGCAGCACCACAGUCUGGCGGAUCCCCUCGACGCCCCCAAGUACCGCAGCGCGCCGCACGCGCUCUUCACCAUCAUCCGCGAGGAGGGCUUCAGCGUCCUCUACCGCGGUGUGUCCCUGACCGCCCUCCGCCAGGGUACCAACCAGGCGGCCAACUUCACGGCCUACACGGAGCUCAAGGCUGCCCUGCAGAACUACCAGCCCGAGUACGCCAACUCCCAGCUGCCCUCGUACCAGACGACCCUCAUCGGUCUGAUCUCCGGUGCCGUCGGCCCCUUCUCCAACGCCCCCAUCGACACCAUCAAGACCCGUCUGCAGAAGACCCGCGCCGAGCCCGGCCAGUCCGCCGUCUCGCGCAUCGUCGUCAUCGCCCGCGACAUGUUCAAGACCGAGGGUACCCGCGCCUUCUACAAGGGUAUCACCCCGCGUGUGAUGCGUGUCGCUCCCGGUCAGGCCGUCACCUUCACCGUGUACGAGUACCUCAAGGGUAAGCUGGAAGCUUCCAACUGGAAGUUUGUCGGCGGCUCUUUUGAGGAAUAAACACCAUACCACAGGGUUAGUGUUUUCCGAGGGGUAAGAAGUGAGAAGUGAGAAGUCGAGAAGUCGAGAAGUCGAGAAGUCGAGAAGUCGAGCAUGUGAUACCGAUCUGAUACCAUGGAGCAUGGUGGCGUUGCCGUGUCGUGAUGUCCCUUGCAUCAUUUUGUAUAUUCC